CGGACACUGGUCUCUACGCAGGACUAUUCGCCAGCGGACUGUUUCUGCGAGCGGCCGCGACGGCGCUGCUGGAUUUUCUUGCAGCUGGGCUGGCAAGCGCAUAUCUCGCCUCGGUCUUGCACAUCGACACCAAGAAAGCCACAAGCGCACCGAGGAGCCACCAUAUCGAGCCGCAAGAUAAUCGACAUCGACACCGCUGGCCCCCGCCAUCUGUACCCAAAGCACCCCCCGUCUGGCUCGUUCCCACGCCAGCAGCAACAAAGUGCAUUCCCGGCCAGGCCCUGACGCACAACAGCCUCACAAACAUCGUCGACGUCCGAGACACCUCCCGUCCUGCGCUUCUCUGGCUCAGUCGACUGUCCCGCCAUCGAUAUCACUGCCUCCCUCAAUUCUGAACACACGACACAAUGGUUGAAGUGGCCCAGAGCAUCGUGUCGUUCUGGUGGGUGAUCCCGCUGGUUUGCUGCAUCGCCGUGUGUGGCUGCCAGUUCUACCUGUAUUUCAAGGCCCGCGCUGGGCCCGAGGAAAUGGACUGGCUUGAAAACAUCGAGGAAGCCGGCCGCGAAGCCCGACGGCACAACCGACGCGCAGGCCCACGAGUCCGCAACAUGGUCAGCGUGGAGGUCGACCGGAGUCCGGCCGAGGUCCAGCCGUAUCUUCCGCCAUACGAAUCCCCGGCCGCAAACGGCGAUCCCCCGGCGUUCUCGACGCUGCCCCGAUACACACCCAACCCGGUCGGAGCAGAUGCAGGAGCCGGAGCCCCAGUCGGAAGAGCAGCAGCAGCAGCAUCAACAGACAGCAGCGCACCAGCCCCGCAAGCAUACCCAGCACCACGGUCGUGACCGAGAAGCACAGAGCACGGAUGCGGAAAGCUGUGGCGGUGCGCUGUUUGCUUCGGCUCCGCUCUGGCGCAGCGCGUAUCUGUGUCGGGUGGGAGACGGCGAUGCAGGUGGCACGGGUUGUACAGGUGCGACCACGGAGUCAGUGGCUGCGCCAGAGGGUGUGACCAAAGCGCGAAAUGUAUACUGCGGGCUGUGAUGCGGCGUCGUUGUAUUGGCUG